AUGCGGGCUGCUUUGACGACGCACGGAUAUUUUUACUCUAGCAAUGUGGAUUGCUUGCCUCAGACAUACAUUGAGAAUGUGUAUUCGUAUGCGCAGCAGCUGCAUGCCUUGCCCACAGAGCAAAAGCGCCAUUGCGCACGACCCAAAGGUACCUACUCAGGUUCUGAUGUUGGAGUAGAUGAGCUUGCAUAUGAAGCUGGAAGCACUGCGAGUGUGCGUGCUUGGGACUACAGCAGGACGAGGUUUCCCACAUCUGGACACAACUAUCCAGAUGUAACAUGCUCUGUGACUGGACAAGGCUUCUUUGAGUUUCUGGAUGAUCUAUAUGAGCGACAAGAUAUUUUGGGAAAAGCCUUGAUGACCGGCUUUGCAGAGAUGUUGGACCUGCCUCCUGAGACCUUUGCUCAAUGCUUCGAAGGUCAUGACAUGGGAACCAUUCGGUUGCUGCGAUACCCACCUGCGGAGACUCCAGAAGAGGCUGCCCGGAGACAAGUGGCCAGCUAUGGAAUCAGUCCUCAUACUGACUUCGAGGCCUUCACAUUGAUGCAUCAAAGUGCUGCCGGGCUUCAGUUCUUGAAACCUGGUGGUCGCGCUUGGUUGGAUGCUCCAGUCAAGAAGGAAGAAUUUGUGGUGAUUGUGGGAGACGUCCUGGAGCGCUUCACUAACGGAGUUCUCCGUGCCACUCCGCACAGAGUCCUACAAACUGAGUGGGAGCGCUUUUCCAUAAUCCGCUUCAAUGCCAUGCGGCCUGAGACUCUCAUCCAGCCGCUUCCAGAAUUUAUCUCCAAGUCACGCCCAGCUCGCUACACGCCCGUCACCAUGCAAAAGCACAUGGACACCACUUUGACGCGCUUGGAGCGGGGCCUCGGUGCCUGGGAGAAGGAAUUGGAGACGCCCGUGGAACGGCUGAUUAACUAUCAUUACCCUUCGCAGUACGUGGUGCAACGCUUGCGGAAGGGCCAGGACAUCAACAUCGAUGGACACCUGGAAGAAGACGCUUGGUCUGAGGUUCCAUGGCUGGAUGAUUUCCUAGAUCUGGCAGGGCCUCGCUUUGACGGCUGGAAAGAGGCAUCUAGGGAUUAUGCGAGGCGUUUCACUGGCUCGUCAAACCCAACACGGGUGAAGCUGCGCUGGGAUGAUGCCUUUCUCUACGUGGCAGCAGAGCUGCGGUCCAGGCAAGAGCAGGCGAGUGUAAAUAUCCAUCUGGACAGACUGCCGCAGGCAGUGUGGGGUAGGACUGUGGUGAAUGAAGCACUCAGGCCAUACUUUGACGAUGAUUUUGAAGUGUUCAUCGAUGAGUCUCAAAGCAACUACUUCUACGUGGAAUUUGAAUUGAAUGCCAGGAACGCCAGCUACACUACUCUGUGGUCACAGCCACAGGCAGGCCUAGGUUCUGUGGCUCCCGGAGUGUGCUGCAACACCACGUGGAACGGAGGCAAGGGUCUUUGCGACCAUGGCGUCGAGCGAGAAGGUGGAAGUUGGACCCUGGAGAUGUUUGCCGAGAGCUUGCGGCCUGGAACUGGCAUGAUCUCCGCAACGAGCAAUACCACCGAGAUGUGGGUCUUAGAGAUUCGCUUUCCGAUUCUAUCUAGACGCUCGUCACAAGAAGCAGUUCUGCUUCCUGAGAAUUCUCCCACCGUUGAGCUCUGCCAUUGCAGUGUUUCUGCGCAGCCCCACGGUGACCAACACGGUGGGCUGCUGAAUUCGCCUGUGAGCCAGCGUCUCCCGCAUGUCCAAGCAGAGAAGCUUCAUCCGGCCAAUGGCCAGCGCUUUUGGUGGGCAACUUUUGCCAACGCGCUGCAUGCGCCUUGGUGGAGCAAGCUGACUGCUGCUGAUACGAAGCACCCAGAGCUGAUCAAGCAGCGUUGUCAAGAGGAGAUUCGUGGUGACAAGCAGCGUUAUGGUUUUUCUCAGUUUUUGCUGGAUGCCAACAAUGCAGCACCGACCUGCUAUUAUGAGGCAGCAUCUCAAAACCUUGGUGGUCAUCAGUACAUGCACAACCCUGACGUCUUCGGGUACUUACAAUUUGAAAGUACACCUGAUGCGGCCAGCUGCAGAAAUGUUUUCUGGCUUUCACGAUUUCUUCUGGCGCAGCUGUACCAAGCUGAGGUGCAGUAUUUGAUGAAUCGAAACUUUGGCAACGGUACAUACACUUCGAACUUGGUGCAGCUGCUAAACCCCAGUGUUUGUGACAUCUCCAAUGCCUGCAACGCCACAGCCUUGCAACAAGCACUGGACUAUGUCAAUGUGGCGAUCCAUGUGGAUGGUGCCAGGUCUGGCAAGUGUGUGCGCUAUGCCAUACCGGCAGUGCAGACGUCAAACUGGACAGGGGGGGCCUUGCUUUGA